CAUACCUCACGAAAACAUAUUUAAACAGAUGGAGAAACUAGAGCAGAACACAGUGUAACCGCGAUUUGCAGAAUGAAAGGUAAUUUCUUUUUUUUUUUUUUUUUUCAUUCCUUGUAACACGUCUGUUUAAUGUUACUAUAAUAAGUAUUUAUUCGAACUAAAAACAGUCGAACAUCGAGUUGAAAUUCACCCACCACCAAGGGAUCUCCUAACAGAGUCUCCAAUCCUUUUGUCCGAUGACGACGAAGUGAAAGACGAAGAACUUUGUUUGAUCGAUCUUACAAAGUUGGAAGAUGAUUAUCGAGAGGAUUCGCCGGAAGAGACCAACGCGAUCCCUUUAACCCAAUCGCAGUCUGAUUUUCCGUUUACAUCUCUUGCUCACUGGUCUCCCUUAACGCUGGAGGGUCCGUCAACGGCCAUUCCAGGCAGAGGAGAAGGCUUGAUUGCGCCAAAGACUCCAGACAUCGAAUCCUUGCUCCGAGGGGAAAUCAUCGAAAACGACGGUGAAUGUCCAACAGGCACCCGCUGCAACAAACGCAGGAGGAAGCGUAGAUGCGCCCGCCAGCUCGACAAACAUGAUAGAAACAGAAGAAGGCUGAAACAGUACUAUCGUAUAUUGGCUCGCACUCUCAUGAAGAUGGCAGACAUGAUUUGAUACAUACUGGUUUGUUAUAUCUGUUCCAUUCGAAUUAUUUUUUCUUUUUUUUCUUUAGAGAAAUAUAAUGGGUGUAGUUCCAUCUGAAUUAGAUGUAGUUAUUGUAGAAGAUGAAGACGUUUGUAAUCAUCAUUUAGAUCCAAACAACCAGAUAGAAUGGGAACCAAACGAUGAUCCGUCUUUGCAAGAUGAUAUUAAUGUGUUAAAUUCAAACACAAACACACAAGCCUCUACACAGCAUCACGAGGUGUUGGGAGGGGCGACACCCUCGGGGGAAUGUUUGGAUUUUUCGGAGGUGGUGGGGGUCAUGCAGAACCAACCGUCAACGGCUGACUAAUCAAUUUCAAAUGAGACCCAGAGGGGUGAUGGGGUAAAUGUCUUGAGGAGGGAAACAUUCAACAAUAUACAACUAUCCAGCGUUUUAACUUUUCCUCAAAACAACGAUGUAACAGAUUACGCCACAUUUUACCGCGGAGUCUUGGGGAGCCUUAAAAAGCUGACACAGAUGGUAACUAAGGAAGCUAGACCCGACGAUAUCAUUCAAUUGGAGUUAUCCGGUGAAAGUGCAAAUCAACACACUUCAUUUACAUUUCGAAACGAUGCCGGGGCUGUGAUGAAUGCUUUUCAAGACGUGUUAGAUCUGUUGGUACAAUCAAACGUUGAAAUAUUGAACGAUGAAGAAAUACAGGUGAUGGUCCAGGUGAUACAUAACCCUCGAGGUGGUGUAAGAAGAAAAAUCGAAACCCUUUUGGAACAUGAAAUCCGCAGAAAAAAAGCUCGUUAUCUUUACAAUCCAUUAAACUCGAAUAAUCAACUAUGUUUUGCCAUUAGCCUAGCAAGUCUGUUACAUCCUGAAUUUACAGAUAGCCAGGCUGUGGCGGAGGCUGAAAAAAUACAGAGAAAAGCGGGCUUAGACGAACAGACUUCCGUCACUUUCAGUCAUAUUCGUGAAUUUGAAAAAGUGGUACGUCGUAAAAUUGUCAUACUGUACAGAGAAGAGGGCCAACGACCCCUCUCACGGUUCGAGACGGAUUACCCCAAAUCAGAAAAUCCGUUGUAUCUGUAUUUAUCUCAGAAUCAUUACAGCGGUAUCAUUAACAUUAAAGGUUUUUUGUCAAAACCGUACGUUUGUCACUACUGUUACCAAGGGUACAACAAACCCGACAGACACAAAUGCGACGGCUAUUGCUUGGUCUGUACACAAAACGGGUGUGUAAAAAUAGAGGGGAAAACUGUGCUUUGCAGGGAUUGCAACAUGUGGUGUCGUUCUCCUGCAUGUCUCCUCAGACACAGGGUAAAACACCGGGUUAUGGAAAAACUCGUCAGCAACUGCGAUCGGCGAAAGAAAUGCCUUAAAUGCAACCUAUUUAACGAUGUACCUGUGGCUACAGGUAUCGCUAAACACACGUGCCCUGAGUUAAAAUGUCAAAUAUGUAAAGAAGAGCUACCUCGCAGUGACUCAGAGACACCUGAAACACGACAUCUUUGCUAUAUACAACCCCAACCACGUGAAGUAAACCACAAUGAUAAUAUCAUAUUCUAUGAUUUUGAGACGUUUGUCGAUGACAAUCACACUCACAUUCCCUUUCUAGUCUGUACCAAGACGCUGCAAGGAGAAGAGUGGUGUGCUUUUGGACUGGAUUGUGUUACAGUUUUCCUCAAUCAUUUCAGGAAACCUCGUUAUCUUAAAUCUACAUUUAUAGCCCACAAUUCGAGAGGAUUUGACGGUUACUUGAUUCUGAGAGGCAUAGUACGGCUGGGUAUAGCACCCUUAAUUAUCAUGCAGGGGAGUAAAGUUCUCUGUUUUAAAGACCCUGAUUUUUUGCAAAAAUACAUUGACUCGCUUUCCUUCCUUACCAUGCCGCUUAGCGCUAUGCCAAAAGCGUUAGGACUCGGUGAUUGCUGGUCCAAGGGGUAUUUUCCUCACAAAUUUAGUUCGGAGGAACAUUUAAAUUAUGUCAGAAAAUACCCCGCAAUCAGCAAUUACGGUGUAGAACGCAUGACACCUGUUGAACGCACCAAGUUUGAGACGUGGUAUCAAAAUGAGAAAAGCGAGGUCUUUGAUUUUCAAAAACAAGCGGUACACUACUGUAAAAACGACGUCAAUGUUCUUCGUGAGGGUUGCAUCAAAUUUAGAGCCGAGUUUACGAGCGAGACGGGUGUUGACCCCUUCUCCCGUAUCACCAUAGCCUCGGCCUGCAUGAAGGUGUUUGUGACUAAUUUCCUCGAGCCGCGUUCUCUAGCCAUACCUUCCCCGGAUAACUACCGAGGGUUGUGUAAAAAAUACUCACACACCAGCAUCCAAUGGUUAGAAUGGGAGUCGCAUCGUCGUGGUAUUUUCAUUCAGCAUGCUUUAAACAAAGGCGAAAAACAGAUGGGGGCAUACUUUGUGGAUGGGUUUGCUAUAAUCGGUGGCAAACCAUUCGUCUGGGAAUUUCAGGGGUGUUUUUAUCACGGAUGCCCGACGUGUUUCGAACCCGGUGCUGUAUGCCCUUUGACAAACACACCGUUCGAGGAGUUGCACAAGGCUACCGAGAAAAAAAUGAAAGCGUUAAAGCGUGACCACAAGGUCAACAUCAUCGUCAUCAGAGAGCACAAGUGGAAUGAAAUGAAAAAAUCAAACCCUAGGGUAAUAGACUUUCUCAAAACACGCAAUUACCCCGCACCUCUCAUGCCUCGAGACGCUCUUUAUGGAGGUAGGACAAGCGCCUUUUGCUUGAGGCACACGGCGGGUGAGAACCAGCGUGUAUUGUAUGAGGAUGUCACCUCUCUCUACCCGUACGUCAACAGCGCAUUUCCUUACCCCCUGGGUCAUCCUGUCAUCAUCCACACGGAUUUUGACGAUGUUGGAAACUAUUUCGGUCUGGUCAGAGCCGUUGUUCACCCUCCUCGAGGUCUCUAUUUCCCUGUGCCACCCUACAGAACGGUCAAGGGUAAACUAGUGUUUACACUUUGCCGCACAUGCGCAGAAAACAAUAACCAGCAGGAACCCUGCGAACAUGAUGAGGAAGGAAGGGCAUUGACGGGAGUCUGGGUCACGCUCGAAUUCAACAAAGCUUUACAGUUGGGAUACAGAGUCGGUAAGAUUACGGAGGUGUGGCACUUUGAAGAACGGAGCGAAACCGUUUUUACGGGUUAUGUUCAAACUUUCCUAAAGGGUAAGCAAGAAGCUCAAAGACUCGGUCGGCGGCAUCUGAAUACGAUUUAGAAACACUCGACUUUUUUGCGGAGCGUCAAUGUAAGUUUUAUUAUUUUUAUAAAUCGACACAGGCGUUUCACUAAUCAUGACCGAAUCGAACAAAGUCUUUACGCUAACGUAUAAAGCUCCAAAUAAU